AUGGCGGCGUACCUAGCGGCGAGGUUGUUGGCCCGAUCGGCCAACAGAAACGCUGGAAGCGCGAUUGCGAGCUUCUCCACGUCAGCAGCGGCUCAGAGCUUUAUGCAGAGGGCUCUGCCAGAGUCAGCAGAGGUAGUUGCAGCGUCACCAGCGGCGUCCGUCGCAUCGUCCAUCAUGCGACGAUGGACCAACGGUGCACGAGCAUUCAGCUCCGCAGCGGGCGGCGAUGUUAUCGGUAUCGAUCUCGGUACCACCAACUCCUGCGUCGCUGUUAUGGAGGGCAAGACCCCUCGGGUUAUCGAGAAUGCUGAGGGAGCGCGCACCACGCCCUCCGUCGUGGCGUUCACCCCCAAGGGCGAGCGGCUGGUUGGCACUCCGGCCAAGCGACAGGCGGUCACCAACCCCACCAACACCCUUUUUGGCACCAAGCGGCUUAUUGGGCGGCAGUUUGACGAUCCCCAGACGCAGAAGGAGGCGAAAAUGGUGCCAUAUAAUAUCGUGCGCGCACCCAAUGGAGACGCGUGGGUUGAGGCGGGCGGCCAGAAGUACUCUCCGAGCCAGGUCGGGGCCUUUGUCCUGGGAAAAAUGAAGGAAACAGCGGAAGCCUACCUGGGUCGGCCCGUGUCCAAGGCAGUCAUCACGGUGCCGGCCUACUUCAAUGACGCGCAGCGCCAGGCCACCAAGGACGCGGGGCGGAUCGCAGGGCUGGACGUGCUGAGGAUCAUCAACGAGCCCACGGCGGCGAGUCUGUCGUACGGCAUGGACCGCAAGGAGGGUCUGGUUGCUGUUUUUGACCUGGGAGGAGGCACCUUUGAUAUCUCCAUUCUGGAGAUUUCUGGCGGGGUGUUUGAGGUGAAAGCUACCAACGGAGACACCUUCUUGGGAGGAGAGGAUUUCGAUAAUGCUUUGCUUCAGCAUCUAGUUGACGAGUUCAAGAAGGAGCAGGGCAUCGACCUCACAAAGGACCGCCUGGCCCUGCAGCGGCUGAGGGAGGCGGCUGAGAAGGCCAAAUGCGAGCUUUCCAGCACGAGUCAGACGGACAUCAACAUCCCGUUCAUCACUGCUGAUGCUACUGGAGCGAAGCACUUGAGCUUCACUCUUACCCGCUCCAAGUUCGAGACUCUGGUGAACCCUCUGGUGGAGCGCACGCGGCAGCCGUGCAAGGACUGCUUGAGGGAUGCGGGCAUUUCGGCGAAGGACAUCACCGAAGUGAUCCUUGUUGGCGGCAUGUCUCGCAUGCCCAAGGUGCAAGAGGUCGUGCAGGAGAUUUUCGGGCGGCAGCCGUCCAAGAACGUGAAUCCGGACGAGUGCGUGGCGAUGGGGGCGGCGAUCCAGGGCGGCGUGCUUCGGGGCGACGUGAAGGACAUUCUGCUGCUGGACGUGACGCCGCUGUCGCUGGGGAUUGAGACGCUGGGAGGAGUGUUCACGCGGCUCAUCAACCGCAACACCACCAUCCCCACCAAGAAGAGCCAGGUGUUCUCCACGGCAGCAGACGGGCAGACGCAGGUGGGAAUCAAGGUGCUGCAGGGCGAGAGGGAGAUGGCGGCAGACAACAAGCUGCUGGGGCAGUUCGACCUCGUCGGCAUCCCCCCCGCGCCCCGAGGCAUGCCGCAGAUCGAAGUGACGUUUGACAUUGAUGCCAACGGCAUCGUGCAUGUGGGCGCCAAGGACAAGGCCACCAACAAGGAGCAAGCCAUCACGAUUCAGUCAUCAGGCGGUCUGUCGGACUCGGACAUUGAUCGCAUGGUGAGGGAGGCGGAGCAGUACGCAGGCAAGGACAAGGAGAGGAAGGCGCUGAUCGAGGCGAGGAACGACGCGGACACCACCAUGUACUCUGUCGAGCGAUCACUCAACGAGCACAAGGAGAAGCUGCCUAGCGACGUGGUGGAGGCAGUGCAAGCGGCCAUUGCUGAUCUCAAGGGGUCGUUGGAGAAGGAGAAUUUGGAGGAGAUCCGGGAGAAGAUCUCCGCCGCCCAGCAGGCCUCUCUCAAGAUCGGAGAGGCUAUCUCUAGGCAAGCGGGCGGCGGCAGCAGCUCGACCUCUUCUGGAGCGGGGUCAACUGGAGGAGCACAGGAGGCGGAGUAUGAAGAGAAGAAUCUCUCGUCUGAGCAGAUUCGUUUUCGGAUUGGGAUGGCCUCUAUUCUUGCCUGCUCGGCUGCAGCAUCAUCCAGCCGCCUCUCAUCAGGCCAUGUCGUCUCCUCUCAGGAGAAGCUCUGUGUAUCUUCUUCUCCUGUCCGCAUGACGUCAUCCGCGCAGCUGCGUACCUCCGCGUCCUCUCCCUGCCUGACCGCGCUGUCGCACAGCCAGUCGCAGACCGACCUGGAAGUCGCAAGCAGGAGCUCGUACCUUCCGGCGACGUCGCCGGCGAUUCCCCUUGACUUCGGGGAAGCCAACGAAGUCAGCGGCGAUUUGCCGUUUCCUCGCGAAGGUUAUUCGCUGGCGUUCGUGUACGGCACCCUGAAGAAGGGAUUCGGGAAUCACUGGCUUAUGCAGAAACUUAUGGCCGAUGGCGACGCCGUUAAAAUCGGGACCGCUCAAACGCUACAGAACUUUCCGCUCGUUUGCGGUCCGUUUCAGGUGCCGUUCCUGCUCCAUCUGCCUGGCAGCGGUCACAGGGUUCAGGGUGAAGUGUACGAAGUGAACGCGAAAGCAGUUGCUGCUCUAGAUGUUCUCGAGGGGACUGACCGGGGACACUACAUGCGCUGUCCGUUGAUGCUCUCGGAUCUUGUUAUGAGCGAGAAAUACGCCGCCGGUCUUGGCGACAGAUUUGCAAAUCUGAAGCAGGAGAACGACGGAGCCGAAGCGCCAGUAGCGUUCAUGGCGGAAGCGUAUUUCGCAGGGCUCGCGCACACCCCGGGACUCGCCAUGGCCCGGCCUAUUGAGAGCUACGACGCGAAUGCUGCAGCGACGUACGUUCCGAGGAAAUUCAGGCCUGAAGGGAAGACGUUUUUGGAGCACGUGCACUCGUGGAUCGUUGACAAGAGGUUGCUGGCUGGAGUGAGCGCGAAGCAGUACAAGUACCCGCUUUCCGUCAUUUAA